AGGUGCAACGUCUUAUUACUAACAGGUUGUGAUGUCAUGCAGGUAAAAGUGCUGCUGGUCCUGUUUGGUGUGUGGCACUUGGAACUGUGCUUUCAUGCCAGAAACACACACAUUCUCACAGUAGGACGGAAAGAGGGACAGAAUAAACAGACAGAUUAACGACAACAUACAGUGGAUUUGUGCAGAUCUUCACUGAGGAGCUUGGAAAUUUAUCAAGAAGUCACACAGGUUGGAGCGAUGGAGCAACAGGAUGAACAGAAAGAGAAAAAGAGAGAGAGAACAGAGAGCAUGACGGAGGAGAGCUUCCUCAAAGACAUCUAUUUCUUUAUGAAGCAGAGAGACACACCGAUAGAGAGAAUCCCUCACCUCGGCUUUAAACAGAUUAAUCUGUACAUGAUGUUUAAAGCAGUGAUGGAGUUGGGGGGAUAUCACCAGGUAACUGCACAGCAGCUCUGGAAGAAGGUCUACAACAUUCUGGGAGGAAACCCUCGGAGCACCAGUGCAGCCACGUGCACACGGCGGCAUUAUGAAAAACUCCUUCUUCCAUAUGAGUAUCAUUUGGCUGGAUAUGGAGACGAGAUUCCCAUCACACUACCUCGACAGCGCAAACGCUUCCACCCUGACGAAGAGUACACUGAGGCCUCCAAACGUGCAGACUUCACACACUUACACCAGUUUAAUCAGUACCUCCCACCUGGCCCCAUAUCUCUACCCAGCUACCUGGCCGUGUCUUUGCCCUCCAUCCCACCUCUCAGCUCUCCGGUUCACGCUCGGCCCAUGAUGCCCUACGUACCUCUUCCUUCUGCUCCUGCUCCUGCACAGAAGGGAAAUGUUGAACAAUCACUGGAGUACCUGCGGCACCUCGCUCAGGAGUUCAAGUCAUCCUCGGGAUGGACGGAGCCUCUGAACCUCAGCAAGAAACAGGGCAGUCUGGAGACCUCCAGGAACAUUCCUUCAUCAUUCACGUCCCCCAGCACAAAAAAGAAGGAACCUAAAUUCUUAAAUGAAGCUCCACGGCUUCAACAAGGCAAUCAGUUAGGAAUCUGUGAAGCUCCUGCACCAGCAGUCAGAAAUCAGGCCAGCAGGAAUGAAACAGAUGUGAACAACCUCACAUCUUGUUCUAGCAGUCCAAACUUGUGGAAAGUGGCUCCAAAAUCUCCUCCGUCUUCUACUCCUUCUCCUUCUCCUUCUCAUCGUCCUCCUCCCCCUCAUCAUCUCCCUCAUCCUCCUCCUCCUCCUCCCCAUCUCCUUCCUCCUCCUCCUCCUCUUCCUCCCCAUCUCCCUCCUCAAAGGCCAAAUUAUCCUUGCACAGUCCAAGCUAAACUCACAACACAACAAAGUCUACAAGUCCCAGUGUCCAAAUCAGGCUCCUCUACCACAUCUCAGAUGAACCCAGGACCCACAAACUCGACUUAUCCAUCAGACCCAUAUGGUGGAAUGGAGAUCCAAAUCCCGUUGUCUUUACUCCAGAAUUUGAUCAAAGAAGGUCUCAUUUUGAACACAGCAUCUCACCAACCAAAUCCCAAACCAAAUGAAACUCCAUCGGUGCCUGAAAGAACAACCGCUGAAACUAACCCUGACCAGCCUGCAGAUCUGAGCUUGAAGAACCAAACAAGGAACAUCAGCAUGAGUGAAAUCAGCAUAAAUGCUAGCAAGAGCGUUAAUGGAUGCCAGGCACCUGAAAGCAAACAUUUCUCUCUGAAGCUCUUGCAAACACCUGAAAUAGCCAAGCUUCCUGUUUACAGUCACGCUUCUCACCUUAAAUUCCCACCAAGAGUUUUUCAGGAGCCACAAAUGUACUCAAAGCAAGUUCCUUCAGUUCCUGUGAGAAGCCCAGAUCAAGCAGGCUUCAAAUUCCCAGCCUAUGGUAGAGAUGCAGGCCAGAUUGGAUCCAUCAACUCUGGAAUGAGGUCAGAGAAAACAACACUCAGCCCUUCGUUGGAUAAAAUUAAACCACCUUCAGGAUCCUUCGUCCAGCUUAAUCCAGAGCAUCUGAAACGUCUGUUCUCAGGCUCACAGUUUAGACUUGAGAGUGGAAAAAUAUGCUAAGAACCUCAAAUAAUAAAUAUUUAUUAAAAAUCUGUAAUAUUUCUCUAUUAAAACACACUCAGGUCUCACACAAUGUUUACAGGAUGCAAUUUGGCUACAGAUUUUAAAAAAGUUCUUAAAUAGCACUUAUAAACU